CGUGCAAAUACGUGGCAGUAUAUCUUCUUGAUAUUUCUUUCUAUUUCAGUUGUUGUUAAACUGAAUUCUCAUCUUCCUCGUUACAUUACUACUAGUUUUCUUCAUCUCUAUUCCUUUUAUUUUCCACCAAAAAACUUCAAUUGCUUCUUUUAGUGGCUGCUGAUUCUUUUACGUUGACCUUUCUUUGUCCCUACAUCUGGUUUUCAUUUUUUCGCUCCAACAAAAAACUCAAGUAAAUUAUGAAAAUUACCACUUUACUACUAUGUAUAUGUUACUAUAAAGUUUAGAUUAAUUCAUACUCUUGUAUAACCACUGUGCAUCAUCUUUUCGUGUGUCAAAAUGAUCUCCUGAUUUUGAGUUUAGUUACAAUGAACUCUGUAUAUAUGAAUUCAUUGGACCUGAAAAGCUGGAUGAAUACUGAACUUUUUGGGUUUAAUUGGAUUGAAGCUUAGUGAUUGAUUGAUUCUUGAUUUUGAACUGUAUCUCCUCUUCCCACUUCCUCUUCAUUUCUUUGUUGGUGUGGUCUCUUUAGUACUAUGGAUUCAUCAAAAUCUUAAAUAUUCUAUUACCUCAUAAGUGCAACUUCAUUCUUGGAUUAACAAAUUUUCAGCACAAAUUUAUUUUCCAGUAUAAGAAUGAAAUGCAUCCGAACAGAGCUGAAUGGUUUUAGAGAAUCCGUAUAGCCGAUGCCAACUUAGUUUAAGCUUAAGGUCUAGUUGUCCAUGCUAGCACCUUUCUGUUGUUGUGUGUAGAUUUGUAGAUGAUGCUUGUUAGUAGACAAAACCCUCCUUGAGGAUUAUCCAUGAAGGGUGAAAACAAAUAGUAGAUAUGAUCAUAAUGUAAGUGAACUAGUUCCAUGUGUCAAUUUCAGUAGAUUGCACUUUCUUAGUUACUAAUCAUUAAAUUAAGGUUUUAUUCAGAAGAAAUAGUAUGAGUGAAAGCCGAGUCAUUUGAUGUUGCAUUGUCAAGAAGAAACAAAUAAAUUGAAGUCAACAUUUGUUUUCUUUUUAGCUUCCCAGUUUCAAACGCAGAACGGUUCUUAAAAGCUUAGAAAUUACACAGUCAUCCUUUGGAUUUGUACUAACUUGAUAAAGUAUGAAUUUGCACAGCAGUUAUAGAUUUUGGAUUUCUGUAUAUUUCUGAUAAUGCUUCUGAUUCUGAAGAUGGUAAGCAGGAAACAAAAUUACUUUGAAUUUAUUCUUUUCUAUUUCGUUGUUGCUUCAAGGUGAGCGUAUCAUGGUUCAGCAAUGCUAAGGCUUCAGAAUCCACAAGCCUUUAGCAGCUGUCAUUCAUUUCCAGAUACUAGUGAACUCAUACCUUGCAAGAGUAUAUAUGUCAAUCCUUUCAUUAGUAGCCGUAGUUAUGCUAGCCUUGUGAGUUAUACUGCUAAAGGAGUCAGCAAUUGUUCUUUCUCUUGGAAUCGGGGCUGUCAACUGAAAUCUUAUAAACUCUCUCAUCAUGCCACUUCAUAUAGAUUGCUGUGCCGGUCACAAGAUGCUACUUCACCUGAAAAUGAGUAUCGCUCCUCCCGAAAUAUAGCUAUCAGCCUGUUCAAGCGAUACAAGAAUUUUCUUGAGCGUGGAGGAGGUGACAACUUAAAAGAGUUCAUCAGUGCUGGUGUAAAUGCAUAUGCUUUGGGAUGUACUGAUGAAGGAUUGAGGAAAGAACUGAUUGCUUUGAAGGAGUCUGGUGCUGAAAUUGAAGCCAUGGAAACAUAUGGAGGAAGUACCAGCCUCAAGUCUAUGAUUUUAUCUAAGGGGGUUGAUGAGUGUAUUAUGUGGUUGAGCAUUAUAUUCAUCACCAUCCUAUGUACACCUCAACCAACAAUAGUUCGAUGGUCAUCAACACCGCCAGUUUCUGAUGAAAUGAUAGUCCAGUGGAAAGGCUUCUGUGCAAUCAUAGCAAAUGCGUACUUUGUGAGAGGAAUGGCAUGGCUACCAGUGAAGACUCUCCAACUAGAGCAGAUGGCAGUUGUGGGUCAUGCAGAAGAGCCAUCAGUUGUUGCUAGCCGGAUGAGAUUAGUUUUUACCACACUAGAGGUUGUGAGUCCACAAUGGCCAAAAGUAUGAAGCAGUAGAUCCAGAAUUGGACUUCACAAAUAAGAAACAUAGUUCAACAAGAUAUAUCUACAUUUCUUUUCUUUGUCCAUGCUCUGUUAACAUGAAUAUUCUGCUAUGUAAAUGUAUGUUUGACAUGCAAACUUUCAGUAUAACUUCAGAGGGCAAAGAAUUCAAAAGGAUAAAUUGAGUAAAGCUAGUCUGCUGCUUUGAGCUUGCUCACUGUGAA